AACCGAGGAGGGGAAAUUAGAGUAUUGAGAAGCCUUCCUUGUGUUUACAGAUGUUACCAGAUGGAUGACUACAGCCCAGCCAAAAACCUAAUGACUAUGUGCUUCACGUACUACUACAGUGGGAAGUCCCAGCCGUCUCCCUCCGAGCUGUUGGACCGUGGUAGUCUUCCAGCCGCUGUGGACUCCUACAUCAACAAGGCCAACUCCUGGCUUUCUGUGAAGAAGGAUGCAGCUGAGCUCCUCCUCAAAAGCUCAUCCAAGAAUGAUGUGAAAGGCUUCUUUGGAGGCCUAGAGAACAAGCUGAGAAGCUCAAUGGCUCCAAAGACUGAGGAUAGGGAAAGCCCUGUCGAGACAAAGCCCAAAUCACCAGUGUCUGAGGCUCCAGAGGAGAAGAAAGGAGAGAAGGUGUACCUGUACAUUCACCUGAAGCAACAACCCAUCUGGUAA